AUGUCAAGACGCAGUAGCCGUUUGCAAGCUAAGCAGCAGCAGCCGCCACCAUCAUGUCAAGAAGAGUGUCCACAAGAACUUCAGGCACCAGAACAUCUCCAGACUAGAAAAAGGAGAACAGCAGAGGAGAUUAAGAAAAGAGAAGAUGGGAAAAUUGCUAGAAAACAUCAAUAUGAGAUUAAGAGUUGUUGGCCGUCCACGAUAACAGGAGGCAUCUCACCUUGCAUAAUUAUUGAAACGCCUCACAAAGAAUCAGUAACCACUGACUUCUCAAGAUUCAAAAAAUACAGGUUCAGAAACCUCUUCAUAAAUCCGUCACCUUUGCCAGAACUGAACUGGGGAAAUUCCAAAGAUGUCUGGCUCAACAUCCUGAAGAAGGAGAACAGAUACGCUCACUGCAAACAUUUCACAUCGCUACAUUCUAGUUUGCAACCUCACAUGAGAUCAAUACUGUUAGACUGGCUCUUAGAGGUAUGCGAGGUGUAUGCACUCCACAGGGAAACCUUCUACCUAGCUCAAGACUUUUUUGAUAGAUUCAUGUUGACACAAAAGAACAUUAACAAGAGUAUGCUUCAACUCAUAGGAAUUACCUCAUUAUUCAUUGCCUCCAAACUUGAGGAAAUCUAUGCUCCUAAAAUACAGGAAUUUGCUUACGUCACCGAUGGUGCUUGUAGUGAAGAUGAUAUUGUAAGAAUGGAACUUAUUAUGUUAAAGGCUUUAAAAUGGGAACUCUGUCCAGUGACAAUCGUCUCCUGGCUGAACCUCUAUCUUCAAGUGGAUGCUCUGAAGGAUGUUCCGAAAGUGCUGCUACCUCAGUAUUCUCAGGAAAAGUUCAUUCAGAUAGCACAGCUCUUAGACCUGUGUAUUCUGGAUGUGAAUUCUUUGGACUUCCAGUAUAGAACACUAGCUGCUGCAGCGCUCUGCCACUAUACCUCAAUUGAAGUAGUUAAGAAAGCUUCAGGCUUAGAGUGGGACAGCAUUUCAGAGUGUGUAGAAUGGAUGGUUCCCUUUGUGACUGUGGCCAAAAAAGUCCCUGCCAAGCUGAAGAACUUUAAGAAGGUUGCAUUAGAAGAUCGACAUAACAUCCAAACACACACAAAUUAUUUGGACAUGCUGGAGGAAGUCAACAGCGGAGCAGCAUCUACUGCCCCAGGUCAGUUAUCACCCGUGUCAACAGGAGGAAUCAUAACCCCUCCCAAAAGCACAGAGAAGAAAUGA